AUGGAGACGCUGCGACGCUGCUACAGUCGAGUGAAGGAACACGGGAUUGGUAAGAGAAAGAGCAGCUACACCAUCGAGCAGCUGGAAAAGGUGUUUGGUCAAGGAGGCUGGGACUCCCAGAGCUGUGCCCCAGUGCUGAUCAACAGCAGUGGGCUGUACCAGGACAUGGAGUCUGACGGCAGCACACUGGAAGACCUGUCCCAGGAGGACUGGUGCAACCAGGUUCUGGAUUCAGCCUUCCAGGAGGGAGACAUGGAGACUGAGGACAUUCAAAUGCCUACAAACAGAAUUGUCCAGAUCCAGGCAGAGCUGUCAGAACACACUCAAAAAAGAGACGUGAUGCAGACGGUUAUUCAGAUCCUGGAGUCGGUGCAGCUGAAGUGGGAGCACUUCCAGACGUGGACCGAGUUCUCCCGGCUGCAUCUGUCCAACAAGCUAGCCAUCUUUGGUGUGGGCUACAAUACGCGCUGGUGUGAGGACGUGCGUUACCACUAUGCUGAAAUCAGUUCCCAGGUGCCACUUGGGAAGAGACUACGAGAGUUUUUCAACCCAGAAAAACCAGAGGGCCGGGUUGUCAUGACCAAAGUUCAGAAGAUGAACUGGAAGAACGUUUACUACAAGUUCUUGGACAUCACAAUCAGUGAGGCUCGCUGCCUGGAGCUCCACAUGGAUGUAGACUGGGUUCCUGUGCUGCAGUCCCAGCUGAUGGGCAGUAAAGUCUCCGCCCACUAUCUCCUCCCUGGAGACCUCCCCAGGACUCAUGGACUCUAUGCUAUUGGUUAUGAAAGCUUGUUAGCCUGCAACAACACCAUUCAGACCACUGUCCAGGCUAAGCUGGAGGAGGGUAGCUUACCUCAGAGUGGGUCAGAAAAUGGGUCAGAACAAUCCGAUGGAGGGUCCAGACAAGCUGACAGGACUGGGCCAAAGAUCACGUACUGCUACCUGGGCAUAGCUGAGGACAGGACCAUACAGCAGGGUCUCUUCCAGAACUUUCAGGGAUGUGGAAAACAGUAUGUCCAUGGGAAGCUUUCUGGUGUGAUGCAGUUCCUGCAGGAGAAUUGUCGUGGGGCUAGAACAAGUCAGGACGAUGAGAGCAGCCAAAAUCCACCACGGUUUGCCAUCUACAUCAAAUUCAUUGAGGUGGAGCUGGACUUCCUCUCUGCAGGCUCCCUGGUGGAAUGCCUCGAAAGUGCUGUUGGUUAUUCUUUAAAAUUCAACAACAAAGAAACGUAA